AUGCUGAGGCAGGAGGCGCCGUGGGUGGUUUUCCCUGGCCUGACCGAGGAGAAGGCCAUCGUCGUGUCCAUGGCCGAAGGGCCCACCGCUUCCAUGCGCACCUCGGAUCUCGCGUUGCUCCACCGCGUCGUCAUCGGCUCCACGGACGGGUGGCUCGUCACCGCCGACAAGCGGGCGUGCCUGCGCAUGGCGAACCCGGCCACCGGCGCGCAGGCCGCCCUGCCGGCCAUCGACACCAUCCCGUUCCUCCAUGCGACCGGCGGCGGCAGUUGGUUCACCCUCGACCUCGAGCCCUUCCUGCAGGUCCGGUUCGGCGGCCCGCCCCCGCCGGAGGACAAAGACUGGGGGCCGUACACGCCGAGGUCGUCGACGCUCACGGCGGCGCAGAUGCGCCAGAGUUUCUACCGCAAGGUCGUCCUCUCGGCGUCCCCACAGCCGGGCAGCUACGCCGCCAUGCUCAUCACGGACAGGCACGUCGGCGCCCCGGCCUUCGCGACGGCGGAGGACAAGGUCUGGAGGAUGGCGCGCUCCCCCGCCGGCGUCGAGGACGCGAUCCACCACGACGGCCGGUUCUACUCCGUCACUUACGCCGGCGACGUCGAGGCGUGGGAGCGCGACGCCGGGACAGGCGAGUUCACGAGCAAGGUGGUAGCGCCGCGGCUUGCCGGCGCCGACGACAAGCUCCUCCGCCGGAAGUACCUCGCCGUGUCGCCUGAAGGGAAGCUGAUGGCCGUGUGCAAGCACGUGAAGCAGUCCAGCACGAGCUGGGGCAGUACGGCCACCAGAAGACCAUCCUGCGCGUCUUCUUCACGGGAACACCCGCGCGUCGCCGCCGGCUGCAUCCACUUCACCAACGACGAGGUGGGGGACGCCUGCCUGCGCCACGCGCUGGGUAGCAACAACUACCAGCGCUCCCACGGCGAGCCCGACGACGCCGAGCUCAGGCACACUGCCGUGUACAUCCUCAAGACCGGAAGGACGAAGAGGCUACUACAGCAUAUUCCGGGGGAAGGAGACAACCCGCGCUGGCCGCCGCCGGUGUGGUUCACACCUUCUUUCUUGUGA